UCGCCCUGAUCCUCGCAUGCUCUCCAUUGCUAUCGACGUCGCCAAACCUUCCCCACCCUAAAUCGCGACUUCUCAUAUUCCGACAGUCACAUCCUGCUCCAUGCAGCACAUUAUAUGCCCAUCCGCUAUUGCGAUAACCUCUUUCCUGUCCUCCUCUGGUUGAGGCUGCCCGCCUCUGCAUCGGAAUCGCCGCCAAGAUGAAUGGCUACACGUCCUACCCGGAGCGGCCCUUCCCUCAGCACAAUAACUCGCAGAAUAUGAUGAAUAUGGCGGGGGAAGGCAUGGGCUUUGGGACUCCUAUGGACGAUGGCCAGUCACUCAACGAUAUCGUUUCCCUCAACGAGAAAGCGAACCGCCGCCGAAGCAUGCCUGUCUAUCCCAAUCAGCCGGAUGCCAUGCAGAUGGGCAGUCCUGAUUCCCGCCGCUUGUCCAUGAUGAAUUUCGGCGAUGGCUCCGCCGGCGCUUUCGAGGAUUUCCAAUUUAGCAUGCCCGCAGAUGCGACCAUGGACGGUAUGAUGCGAGGCGCUACUUUCCCCCGGACCACCAGCGAAAUGCAGAAUGACCAUCGCCCAACCGCCGAUUUGGCCAUCAGCACCCAGUUUUCCAACCAAAACUCACCCUUUCCUCACAUGCAGGGCCCGGGCUCUGCCUAUGCUUCUCCCCUACAUCAUAACCUCUCCCUCGAUGCCAUGGAUAUGAAUAGUCCAUACCCCACCGCUAUAGACAUGUCCUUGGACAUGGGUGAUCCCUCCCUCGCCAUGAUGGGUACCGACAUGAACUUGAUUUCCGCUCGGCAAUUCAGCAAUUCGAUGAUGGGUUCACCAGUCGCACAGGAUUUUAAUGUACCCUUGCCCGGCCCACGACCAGAUCCCUCUUCUCUUACGCCUUUGCCGCACACCGAUCAGUUCAAUGCAUCUCCCAUGGGCGGAACCCCCGACCUGCGCGCGAAUCUACCCUCCCGCCCCAAUAGUCAGGAGCAAAGUAGCGGCCGUUCCAGCGCCCAACCGCUCAGUGAGCAGCAACCUUCUUCCCAGAGCACUCCACACGUGCACCCUACGACAUCCAUACAUCCCCAAGAACGCCCUACACCUAUCCGGCUCCCUAAACAGGAACCCUCUCAAGAGAUCUACAAUGGUAUCAAGCUCCCUUGGACCGCACCCCCUGGGGGAUUCCCAUCUACCAUGACAUCCAAUCCUCAUAUGAAAACGCAAUUCAAGAAUGUGUACUCGUCCACCGGCUUUGACAUGCUUGGUGUUCUGAUGCGAGUCGCCACGAGGCAAAAUCCCCAAAUAGAUAUAGGCUCGGUCGAUCUAUCGUGCGCCUUCGUGGUUUGCGAUGCAGCAAUGGACGACAAUCCGAUUGUUUAUUGCUCUGAGAACUUCGAACGCCUCACUGGUUAUAGUAAACACAUGAUUCUUGGCAGGAAUUGCCGAUUCUUGCAGUCUCCUGAUGGAAAGGUGGAGCCUGGUGUUAAACGGAACUAUGUUGAUGACGAUGCUGUCUUGUAUCUCAAAAACAUGAUUACCACACGACAGGAAGCUCAGAUCAGUCUCAUCAAUUACCGACGAGGUGGCCAGCCAUUCAUGAACCUCUUGACGAUGAUUCCUAUUUCGUGGGAGGCCGGCGGUCCCAUAAAAUUCAUCGUUGGAUUCCAAGUAGAUCUAGUGGAACAGCCUGGGUCGAUGACGAACAAGAACGCAGACGGAUCCUACAGAGUCAAUUACCAGCGCGGAAUGUCCAUGCCAAGCUACAUUUUCGACCCAGAUGCACAUAAACCCCACUCGGAUGCGGGUCAGACUGUGUCCAAAGACGAGGUAUCCAAUGUUUUAACAACAUAUGGAGCUGCAGGCGAAUCUGAUAUUACAAGACGCGUCUGGGAUAAAGUUUUGUUGGAAAACACGGAUGACGUUGUCCAUGUCCUGUCUCUGAAAGGACUCUUCCUUUACCUGUCUCCUUCGAGUAUUCGGAUCCUGGAAUAUGACCCAAGUGAACUCGUGGGCACGGCUUUAUCUUCGGUAUGCCAUCCUAGUGACAUUGUCCCCGUGACAAGAGAAUUGAAAGAGGCCACCAAUGGUACAUCGGUGAAUGUGGUUUUCCGAAUUCGUCGAAAGAAGAGUGGGUACAUGUGGUUCGAGGGCCACGGUUCCCUGCAUAACGAGCAGGGUAAAGGUCGGAAGUGUAUCAUCCUUGUUGGCCGAGAGAGACCCGUUUACACCCUCAGCAAAUCCAUCGUUCGCGCAUCAGGUGGCAUCGGUGAUAACGAGUUGUGGACGAAGAUGUCUACAUCUGGCAUGUUUUUGUUCGUGUCGUCGAACGUCCGUCAAUUGCUAGAUCGCCAACCGGAGGAACUUGUUGGAAGCAGUAUGCAGGCACUAAUGCGAGCCGAGUCGAAACAGAACUUUGGUCGGAUACUUGAAUUGGCAAGGACCGGAAGGAAGGCUGAGGUGAAGCACGAGAUGAUCAACAAAAGGGGCCAGGUCCUUCAGGCAUUCACUACCAUAUAUCCUGGAGAUGCUACCGAAGGACAGAAACCCACUUUCAUCGUAGGACAAACGAGAAUGUUGCGACAUACUCGAAGCGCCGCCCAGCGACCUUCCAUGUAUACAAGCAAGGAGCGCACCGGCGGCGAUUCUCUCACUCCUGCGCAAUCCGUACCUUCUGGAACCUCACCAGCCCAAGGUGGUGCGACGCCUGGAAUGGGAUCGAGCACUCCUCACACCAGUAGUUCGGGGCAACAAUUCCAGUCCACAGAGGUUUCGGCCACCACGAUGCCGGGCCAACAGGGACUUGCAUUAGGACAUCAAGAUCAGUUCUUAGCUUCCGACGACAAUGUAUUCGAUGAGCUCAAAACGACCCGAAGCACUAGUUGGCAAUACGAGCUUCGACAAAUGGAGAAGCGAAAUCGAUAUCUUGCAGAGGAGGUGCAGAGUCUCCUGGCGGCUAAGAAGAAGAGGAAGAGAAGAAAAGGUGCUGGGCAACUGCAAAAGGAUUGCGCCAACUGUCACACGCGGACCACGCCUGAGUGGCGACGGGGUCCUUCUGGCAAUCGAGAUUUGUGCAAUUCUUGCGGACUCCGAUGGGCCAAGCAAAAUGGCCGCGUAUCGCCCAGGAACUCUUCACAACAUUCGCAGAGUGACAAGAGCAAGAAGAGCGUGUCCCCACGCCAUCCGUCUAUGCUGUCAAAUCCCAUCCAGGAAUCGGAAGCCCAGCCAUCGAUAGGGGCGACGCUCGCCCAUGGCGAGAAGCGGACUCCACAACAGACCAGCAGCGAUAGCCACGCAGCGAAGAUUGCACGCAUGGAAGGCUCCGCCCCACAAGGAUACGGCGGCGGAGUGCCCGCGAAGAUCGAGGAAGCUGUGGAGCCACCAGACUGAGCCUGCCCAUUCGGAACACCAUCCUAUCUAUUCCAUUUUUCUAAUCUCUUUGACGUCU